CUGGGGGAGAACAACUACAACACCUGGAUGCCCGAGAUGAGGGCCUACCUGGCGGAGCAGAAGGUCUGGUUCAUCGUCUCUGGCGAGGAUUCGAGGGAUAAGGCUGCGGCGGCAGCAGGAGCCAUCUAUAGGGCGCUGGAGCCGGGUCAGAGGGUGCAUGUGGUGGGGAUUGAGAUGGAUCCGGUGAAGAUGUGGGCGAAGUUGGCCGAGGUCCACCUCCAGAAGGUGUCUGGUGCGCGUUUCAACGCCCUGGACGCCCUCCUCGCCGUUAGAAAGGGUGCUGACGAGUCCCUCCCCUCCCUCAUCGCUCGAGUCGACUCUCUGCACCAAGAACUCAAGGCCCUAUGUCCAGAACGCUACAGCAUCGCCGACCUCGACGACGACCUCGCCGCCAUGUCCAUGCUCCGCUCCCUG